AGGGAAGAGGAAGUGUUCCCCGGGGAGAUAACUCCAGUCGUAGCAAGAGUCUCAACCACUGAAUGGAAGAAAAGGACUUUUAACCACCAUUUUGUGACUUACAGAAAGGAAUUUGAAUAAAGAAAACUAUGAUACUUCAGGUCCAUCUUCACUCCCUGUGUCUUCUUAUGCUUUAUUUGGCAACUGGAUAUGGCCAAGAGGGGAAGUUUAGUGGACCCCUGAAACCCAUGACAUUUUCUAUUUAUGAAGGCCAAGAACCGAGUCAAAUUAUAUUCCAGUUUAAGGCCAAUCGUCCUGCUGUGACUUUUGAAUUAACUGGGGAGACAGACAACAUAUUCAAGAUAGAACGGGAGGGACUUCUGUAUUACACCAAAGCCUUGGACAGGGAAACAAGAUCCACACACAAUCUCCAGGUUGCAGCCCUGGAUGCUAAUGGAGCUAUAGUGGAGGGUCCAGUCCCCAUCACCAUAGAAGUGAAGGACGUCAAUGACAAUCGACCCACGUUUCUCCAGUCAAAGUACGAAGGCUCAGUAAGGCAGAACUCUCGCCCAGGAAAGCCCUUCUUGUAUGUCAAUGCCACAGACCUGGAUGAUCCGGCCACUCCCAAUGGCCAGCUUUCUUACCAGAUUGUCAUCCAGCUUCCUAUGAUCAACAAUGUCAUGUAUUUCCAGAUCAACAACAAAACGGGAGCCAUCUCUCUUACCCGAGAAGGAUCUCAGGAAUUGAACCCUGCUAAGAAUCCUUCCUAUAAUCUGGUGAUCUCAGUGAAGGACAUGGGAGGCCAGAGUGAGAAUUCCUUCAGUGAUACCACAUCUGUGGAUAUCAUAGUGACAGAGAAUAUUUGGAAAGCACCAGAACCUGUGGAGAUGGUGGAAAACUCGACUGAUCCUCACCCCAUCAAAAUCACUCAGGUGCGGUGGAAUGAUCCCGGUGCACAAUAUUCCUUAGUUGACAAAGAGAAGCUGCCAAGAUUCCCAUUUUCAAUUGACCAGGAAGGAGAUAUUUACGUGACUCAGCCCUUGGACCGAGAAGAAAAGGAUGCAUAUGUUUUUUAUGCAGUUGCAAAGGAUGAGUAUGGAAAACCACUUUCAUAUCCACUGGAAAUUCAUGUAAAAGUUCAAGACAUUAAUGAUAAUCCACCUACAUGUCCAUCACCAGUAACCGUAUUUGAGGUCCAGGAGAAUGAACGACUGGGUAACAGUAUUGGGACCCUUACUGCACAUGACAGCGAUGAAGAAAAUACUGCCAACAGUUUGUUGAACUACAGAAUUGUGGAGCAAACUCCCAAACUUCCCAUGGAUGGACUCUUCCUAAUCCAAACCUAUGCUGGAAUGUUACAGUUAGCUAAACAGUCCUUGAAGAAGCAAGAUACUCCUCAGUACAACCUAACGAUAGAGGUGUCUGACAAAGAUUUCAAGACCCUUUGUUUUGUGCAAAUCAACGUUAUUGAUAUCAAUGAUCAGAUCCCCAUCUUUGAAAAAUCAGAUUAUGGAAACCUAACUCUUGCUGAAGACACAAACGUUGGGUCCACCAUCUUAACCAUCCAGGCCACUGAUGCUGAUGAGCCAUUUACUGGGAGUUCUAAAAUUCUGUAUCAUGUCAUAAAGGGAGACAGUGAGGGACGCCUAGGGGUUGACACAGAUCCCCACACCAACACCGGAUAUGUAAUAAUUAAAAAGCCUCUUGAUUUUGAAACAGCAGCUAUUUCCAACAUUGUGUUCAAAGCAGAAAAUCCUGAGCCUCUAGUGUUUGGUGUGACGUACAAUGCAAGUUCUUUUGCCAAGUUCACGCUUUUUGUGACAGAUGUGAAUGAAGCACCUGAAUUUUCCCAAUACGUAUUCCAAGCGAAAGUCAGUGAGGAUGUAGCUAUAGGCACUAAAGUGGGCAAUGUGACUGCCAAGGAUCCAGAAGGUCUGGACAUAAGGUCUGAUCCCAUGUUUCAAUCAUUCAAUUCCUUAGGGGGGUCUUCCUUGAGCUCUGUGUCACAGUUCCACCUGAUCCUUACGGAUGUGAAUGACAACCCUCCCAGGCUGGCCAAGGACUACACGGACUUGUACUUCUGCCAUCCCCUCAGUGCACCUGGAAGUCUCAUUUUCGAGGCUACUGAUGAUGAUCAGCACUUAUUUCGGGGUCCCCACUUUACAUUUUCCAUCGCCAAUGAAAACCUACAGAACGACUGGCAAGUUUCCAAAAUCAAUGGUACUCAUGCCCGACUGUCUACCAGGCACACAGACUUUGAGGAGAAGGAAUAUGUUGUCUUGAUCCGCAUCAAUGAUGGGGGUCGGCCACCCUUGGAAAGCACUGUUUCUUUAACAGUUACAUUCUGCAGUUGUGGGGAAGAUGGUUGUUUCCGGCCAGCAGGUCACCAGCCUGGGAUACCCACUGUGGGCAUGGCAGUUGGUAUACUGCUGACCACUCUUCUGGUCAUUGGUAUAAUUUUAGCAGUUGUGUUUAUCCGCAUGAAGACAGAUAAAGGCAAAGAUAAUGUUGAAAGUGCUCAAGCAUCUGAAGUCAAACCUCUGAGAAGCUGAAUUUGAAAAGGAAUGUUUGAAUUUAUACAGCAAGUGCUAUUUCAAUAACGACCAUCUCAUCCUAUUACUUUUCAUCUAACAUAUGCAUUAUGCUUUUUUAAACAGAUAUUCCCUCUUGUCCUUUAAUAUUUACUAAAUAUUUCUUUUUUGAGAUGGAGUCUUGCUCUGUCACCCAGACUGGAGUACAGUGGUGCGAUCCUGGCUCACUGCAACCUCUGCCCCCUGGGUUCAAGUGAUUCUCCUGCCUCAGCUUCCUGACUAGCUGGGAUUAGAGGCACCUGCCACCACUCCCAGCUAAUUUUUGUAUUUUUAGUACAGAUGGGGUUUCACCAUCUUGGCCAGGCUGGUCUUGAACUCCUGACUUCAAGUGAUCUGCCUGCCUUGGUCUCCCAAUACAGGUGUGAACCACUGUACUCGCCUACUUAGAUAUUUUAUGUGCUACAUAGACAUUAGAGAUAUUUUUCAUUUUCCCAUCUCUGGGAAAUAGCUAUUUCCCUCUCUGCAAAUAGCUACUUGUGUUUUUCCCUUUUGGGGCAAGACAGACUCAUUAAAAAUUCUGUACAAUUUUUCUUUAUCAAGGAGGUAUAUCAGUUGUCUCCCAUAGAACUUCCUGGAUUCCAUUUGUGUUUUUUUCUGAUUCCAUCCUGUGUCCCCUUCAUCCUUGUGUCCUUUGGUAUUUCACUGAAUUUCAAACAUUUGUCAGAGAAGAAAAAAGUGAAGACUCAGGAAAAAGAAAUAAAUAAAAGAACAGCCUUUUCCCUUAGUAUGAACAGAAACACUUCUGUGUCAUUAACUGUCUUUAACCAAUGUGACAUGUUGCUCUUUGGUUGAAAUUCUUCAACUUGGAAAUGACACAGACCCACAGAAGAUGUUCAAACACAACCUACUCUGCAAACCUUGGUGCAGGAACCAGUCAGCUGGCCGGGUUUCCUCACUACCUGCCAUGCAUACAUGCUGCGCAUGUUUUCUUUAUUUGUAUGUUAAUAAAGUUUUGGUUUUUAUAUAUUUAACAUGUGGAAGAAAACAAGCCAUGAAAAGAGUGGUGACAAAUCAAGAAUAAACAUUGGUUGUGGUCAGUUUUAUUUGUUGA